AUAUACAGCUAGCCCGCAUUGAUAAUUAAAAAUUCCUAAAUCAGAAUAUGGACAAUAUUAUAUGUAUAUUUCUCAAUAAUUCCCAGUUGUUAAUAGGCCUCAUGCAUUGACUCACAGUAGAUAAUAAGAAUAAUUCUUCAAGGUGAAAGCCCUUUUCCUUUUGUCUAAUAAUUGACAAAAUUUCCAUCACUACAGAGUAGAAACUCUUCGCUACUGAAAGACGGAAGGUUCAUUGCUUAACAGUUGUAGGCAUACUGCUCUCUGACAUCAAGCAUUUCAACCCGAAAAUAGAUCAAGCUAAUUAGGAUGGAGGAUGUCAACAUUGAUGAGAGUGCUACACCAAGUACUCAAGUAACUGAAGAGGAACCGCUGGGGCUUGAGGAUGAUGCUGAGAAGAUAAUUAAGCUACUGACCAGAGGAAUAAGGGAACGGGAUAUUGUCUCUAUUUUUGGCAUGCCUGGUCUCGGAAAGACCACUUUGGCAAAAAAGAUAUUCAAAGAUUCUUCUAUUGUUUCUCACUUUGAUGUUCGAGCAUGGGUUAUCAUUUCGCAAUCAUAUGAUGUGAGAGAGCUGUUGAGGGACAUCUAUAAGCAAGUGACAGGUGUUAAGUGCAGUGGAGAUAAGGAGAGUGACAUAGCCGAUAUGUUGCGCAAGUGUUUAAUAGGGAAAAGAUAUCUCAUUGUUUUGGAUGAUGUAUGGGAAGUAAAGGCAUGGGAUGAGUUAAGAUUAUGUUUUCCAAUCGGUAAACAAGGAAGCAGAAUCAUGUUAACAACUCGACUUGAACAUGUGGCAAUGGAAGUCGAGCACUGUGCCGAUCCUUAUUCCCCUCGAUUCCUAACCAGGGAAGCAAGCUGGAAAUUGUUGGAGAAAAAAGCAUUUCAAAAGGAAACUUGCCCUCCUGAAUUCAAGGAUGUUGGGGUACAAAUUGCAGAAUAUUGUAAAGGGCUGCCUCUUACAGUUGUUUUGGUUGGUGGAAUUCUGGCAAAGAAAGAAAGGAAUGUCUCGGAGUGGUGUGAAGUUGCAAACAAUUUAAAGUCUCAUCUUGGAGCAGUUGAAAGUGAGAGCAACUUGGCAAUACAAUUAAGUUACUGCUAUUUACCGGAUCAUUUGAGACAUUGCCUUCUAACUAUGGGAGUAUUUAGGGAGGAUGAAAAAAUUGGCCCAUCUAAAUUGAUGUUACUCUGGAUGGCCGAAGGCCUCGUUCAAUGUAGUGAUGAGAGAGGAUUGGAGGAGGUAGCUGAAGUUUACUUGACCGAUAUAAUUUCAAGUAGCCUACUAAUGGUUUCAAAGACGACCUUUGAUGGCAAGGUGAAGUACUUGCAAAUUCAUGAUCUAGUGCGUGACUUUGUCUUAAACAAAGCUAAAGAAGAAAAAUUCAUGCAAGUUAUAGGGACACAUAACCAAUAUCAACCUUCAUAUGAUGAAGAACAUCGAGUGUGCAUUCACCUCGACCAUAAGCUUCGUCAUGAUUUGCAGAGAUUCGACAACGAAGUAGAUAGAUUCCUCACAAGCGGCUCAAAAAAAGGAACAUCUUUUGGACAAGAUCUUAAAUCGUUCUUUGUUACUAAUAACGCGGAUGAUUUUCUUGCUUAUAGAGAUUUUUGGAAUAGUGAGUCUAGUUUUCACGGUACUAUUUCUGAAGAGUAUUUAUCUCGUUCCUAUCAUUUCUCAUCAGUUGGAGACUUAAGACUUCUUAGAGUGCUGGAUAUCAAGAACUGCAUUCCAGGGGAUUAUACGAAUAUAGAAGAUAUAUUGCAAUCACUAGUUUACCUGAGAUACCUGGGAAUGUGUUUCGAAAAGUUUUUUUUCGAGUGGGUAUCACACAUGUGCGAUCUGGAAACUUUACUGGUGGAUACUGAGAUAUCAGUAGAAGGGACACCUCAUAUUUGGAAGAUGACAAAAUUAAAGCAUGUAGACGUAUCAACACGCUUACCUCAUGAGAUAUUUGCAGUUUCUGAAGAAGGUCCGUCUAAGUUGGAGAAUUUGAGGGCAUUUAAAGGCAUGUGUUUAUUUCGUGAGGAUAUAGAGUUAAUUGAGAUGUUUCCCAAUCUUCAAAAGCUUCUCCUCGUAAUAAUUGUUAAUUAUUUAGAUGAAGCUGAAGUUAAUGAUUUUGAUGAAGCUGAAGUUAAUAAUUUUGGUGAAGCUAACUCUCUCGUUCUGAAAUUGGAUGUUCUUACACAGCUUCAAUCUCUCGUGUUUGGUUCGAUGUAUAAUAUCACCAAGUAUUAUUUACCUUCAAGUCUCAAAGAGCUGAUCCUCCGCCAAAUUAAUAUACUAGCAAGUGCAACUUCCACAAUUGCUGGGUUACCCAACCUUCAAAGACUGGUAUUUCAAGGGUGUAGAUUCGAGCAAGAGGAGUGGGACGUGAGAGAUAUGGAGUUCCCGGUACUCAAAAUCUUAAAAUUUCGAGGCGUUCAUAUUAGGGAAUGGCACGUCUUAGAAUCAUCAUCAUUUCCCAUGCUUGAAAGUUUAGUGCUAAAAUCUGUUGAAUUGCUUGAGAAGAUUCCUGACAGUUUUGUGGAUAUUGGAACGCUUACAUCAAUCAAGGUGAUCCAUUGUAAUCAAAACUCCCUCAAGGUUUCAGCUUUGGAGAUUAAGGAAGAAGUAGAAGCAACUACAGGGUGUGACAACCUGGACGUCUAUAUUUUUCCUCCUUACUCUCGAAAUGAAACCAAAAGAAUUACAGAUGAUCAGGCGUCUGAGUUCAAGGAAAUAUUCAGCCGAUUUGACCUGGAUCAGGAUGGAUUUAUUAUUGCAGCUGAUCUUCGCCAUUUCAUGGCAAACAGAGACAAGGCACCACCUACAGAUGAAGAGGUUGAUGAGUUAAUUCGUGAAGCUGACGUGGAUGGUGAUGGACGGAUCAGCUAUGAGGAGUUCGUCAACUACAUGAUGGCCAUGAAAAGUGCCGAAGAAGAGGGCGGGGAUGAGGAAGGAGAAAAGGAAGAGGAAUAAAAACAAGAAGAGAAGGAAGACGAAGCAAAUUAAAGCAGAAGAGAAAGAGGAUGAGCAAGAAGAAGAAGAAGAGCAGAGGAGAAAAUAAAGAAUAAUUAUAAAGCCAGAGCAAUCAGAACCAUUGUUUGAUUGUCUUGACUAUGUACAGUUCUUAAGUUUAUUUGUCAAAAUCGUAAAGUUGUAGAAUCUUGCAUUCGUGUCUAGAAAUUGUGUUAGAUUGUACAAAAAUUUCAACUUGUGAAGUGAACAAGUAAUUCCUUACCAACCAUACUAGUUGUGAUGA